AUGAAAAUUCCAUUAUUCAUGUUAUUCUUGUGUAUCUAUAUUUCUACACUCUUUGGAAAUGUUAUACUAAUUUUGACCGUACAAAGGGAUUCCCACCUUCACAAACCUAUGUACAUAUUGCUACUGAAUCUUUCUUUUUUAGACAUUUGGCUAUCUACAGUUACAUUGCCCAAACUGCUUUCAAACUUUCUGCAGAGGGACAAGACCAUUUCUUUUCGACAUUGUAUCAUUCAGUUGUAUUUUUUCCAUUUCUUUGCAAGCACUGAGUGUUUUCUGUACACUGUUAUGGCUUAUGAUCGAUUUCUGGCCAUUUGUCGGCCACUUCAUUACCCAAACCUUAUGAACCUCAAGCUGUGUGCACGGUUUACUGCUGGCAUAUGGCUGACUGGCUCACUCCAUUCCAUGAUACAUACUACACUAACCUUCCGACUCCCAUUCUGUGGCCCCAAUAGGAUAGAUUACUUUUUCUGUGAUGUUAUCCCAGUACUAAAACUUGCAUGUGCUGACACAACCAUCAACAAAGCAGUAAUCAUCACCAACAUCGGGGCUGUUGCUCUCUUCUGCUUCCUCUUGAUCUUAGUAUCUUACUUCCACAUAAUAAAAACAAUACUGAAGAUCCAGACUUCUGCAGGGCGAAGAAAAACCUUCUCCACUUGUUCAUCACACCUGAUUUCUGUCAUCUUCUUCUAUGGACCACCUGUGUUCAUUUAUAUUAGUCCUCAGUCUGUGGACUAUUUAGUGGAAGAGGCUAUUGCUGUUUUCUAUACUUUAUUGACUCCCAUGUUAAAUCCCAUCAUUUAUUCUUUGAGAAACAGUGAGGUGAAAGCAUCUCUAAAAAGAAUGAAAUGUCACAAACGUGAUAGAUAA